AUUACCGAUUGCCGUACUCGAGGCAUCACAGCCUGCAAUCGCGGCCACCGCUAUCGCAGCAAAAUUCGGAGCAACAAUGGCGGGCCCUCAUGCACCGGCCACCGCCGCGAAAGCGCAGGGCACGCCCAACCAGCCUCCUCCGAACUUCUGGGACCCCAUCUCGUACGAGCACGAGGAGCCGACCGACGAGUGCCGGCGCAGGGUCGGGUGCGACAUCAGGGAGAUCGAGUUCUAUCGUGUUCCCGGAGUGUUCAUCUCCGCCGACGAAAGCGACAUCACCAAGAUCCACGCGCUCAUCUUGGGACCUCCCGGCACGCCGUACGAAGGCGGCUUCUUCCACUUCCUGAUGAAGUGUCCGCCUGACUACCCCAUCAGUCCUCCGCGGGUGCGCCUGAUGACCACCGAGGCCGGGCGCGUACGGUUCGGGCCGAGCUUCUACGAGAACGGCAAGGUUUGUCUAGGGCUCCUGGGUACCUCGUCAGCUGGACCCGCGUGGAGUUCUGGUCAGUGCCUCGGAAGCGUCCUGCUUUCCAUCAAGUCGCUGCUGACGACCGAGAACCCCGUCGCCCAAGGGUCCGCUUUGAGAGUCCUGCCAGGGUUGGGAAGUUGGCUGAGUGGCAAGAUCUGCUACAACGCCGUGCUCCAGCACGAGACCAUCAGGGUCGCGGUGUGCGACGCGGUCGAGGACUGUCUGCGAGGCACGUCGGCGUGCCCGCCGCCAUUGAGGGACGUGAUCCUGAAGUACUUCCCGCAGUUCUACGGCGAGUACGAAAAGACAGUCAAGAACCGACUGCACCUGACCGGUUCUCGCAUGAACGACUCCAGCGAAGCAGGUGUUCCCACGUACCAGUUUGACGCGCUGCUUGAACGACUCGUGGAGCUGCGCGAAAGGGUCAAAGUGGCGAACGGAGCGGCCGCCGAAAAAGCAAGCGAUUCGAAGUGACACGUCAUGAGUCCGACAGACGUGGCGUGGAAAACGCGCUUGGACGUGGAUGCUUGCCCCCGGCUGUGGACUACACGAGUGAUAUGUGUGUCAAGGAGAAGACCUCCUCGAACAACAUUUCAAAAUAAAAUUUUGUGAGUCAUGGA